CGUAAAGAUUUUCAUUCAGUCAACCCAGACCGGUUGUGAACAUCGCCGAAAAAAGUCGAAAAUGAGUUUAAAUUUACCGUGUGCAAUGUUUCUAUGAGUGUCCACUGAAAACAACUUUCCUAUUUAUUCUACAAUGGUUAAGGAACAGUAUCGCGAGACCGACGUUGCUCGGAAAAUCUCCCAUGUAUCUUUUGGUGUCGACAGUCAACAGCGGAUGCAGCAACAAGCUCAUCUGCAUGUUGUUGUCAAAGAUCUGUAUGAUGACCAGGGAGGAGCGCAACGAAGACCACAUGCAUAUGGUGUUCUUGAUCGACAUAUGGGUACCAACCAAAAAGAUGCAACAUGUGCCACAUGUGGUAAAGGUCUCAGUGAUUGCAUUGGUCAUUUUGGAUACAUCAAUCUGAAGUUACCUGUGUUUCAUGUUGGAUAUUUUAGAUCUGUCAUCACAGUCCUGCAAUCCAUUUGCAAGACGUGUUCUAGGGUGUUGCUUGGUGAAAAAGAGAAGGUGCAAUUUCGAUCCCGGAUUCUAAACCCUGACUUACCCUAUCUCUCAAAGAAAGCACUCCGCAAACAAAUACUUGACAAAACCAAAAAAGUAUCUGUCUGUCCUCAUUGCCGUGCUCUUAAUGGGGUUGUUAAAAAAUGUGGUUUGUUAAAAAUCAUGCACGACAAAUAUCGGAACAAAAAAAAGUCUGAUCCUGUUGUCACUGAUAAACUUGCUGAGUAUGCUGAGGCUGUUGAGGGAAAUAAGGAAAUGGAAUCUAUUCUUCCAAAUGCUCUAAUUCACAUAUUGAACCCUCUUGAAGUGCUUAAUCUCUUAGAACAAAUUCCAGAAGAAGAUAUUCCAUUCCUUGUUAUGAAUCCCCAAUGUGGAAGACCACAAGAUUUGAUUUUGACCCGCAUACCUGUUCCUCCAUUGAGCAUUAGACCAUCUGUUGUCUCAGACCUAAAAUCGGGAACGAAUGAAGACGAUCUUACCAUGAAGUUAUCAGAAAUAGUGUUUAUGAACGAUGUAAUAGAAACCAGAGAAAAGAAGCAGGGUGCUACUGUGCAACAGAUUCAUGAUGCAUGGGAAUUCCUACAAUUUUUAUGUGCCUUGUAUAUCAACAGUGAGACAUCUGGCAUCCCUUUAAACUUACAGCCAAAAAAGUCAAGCAGAGGUCUAGUGCAACGUCUCAAGGGAAAACAAGGACGUUUUAGAGGAAACUUGUCAGGAAAGCGAGUGGACUUUUCUAGCAGAACUGUGAUAUCCCCAGAUCCGAAUUUACGAAUCGAACAAGUCGGAGUACCGGUUCUUGUGGCAAAAAUAUUAACUUUUCCAGAAAGAGUUAAUUCAACCAACUUAGAACUAAUGAAAAAAUUGGUGACCAAUGGGCCUAAUGUACAUCCAGGUGCUAACUUCGUUGAGCAAAGUGGAUCUACCUUCAAAAAAUUUUUAAGAUAUGGCAAUCGAGCCAAGAUAGCCCAAGAACUAAGGCCAGGUGAUAUAGUAGAAAGACAUUUGUUGGAUGGCGAUGUUGUACUUUUUAAUAGGCAGCCUAGUUUACACAAGCUUAGUAUAAUGGCUCAUAGAGCUAAAGUUUUGGAGCAUCGCACUUUUAGAUUUAAUGAAUGUGUUUGUACCCCAUACAACGCUGACUUUGAUGGAGACGAGAUGAAUCUACAUCUCCCCCAAACUGAGGAAGCCAAAGCUGAAGCACUCAUUCUGAUGGGCAACAAAUCUAAUUUGGUGACCCCUAGGAAUGGAGAACUAUUGAUUGCUGCAACUCAAGACUUUAUUACAGGCGGUUAUCUUCUGACUCAAAAGGAUGAGUUCUUAGAUCGAGGGCAGGCCACUCAACUAGCUGCAUGUCUUCUAGCUGGGGAUGAUGGAAAUAUGAAUAUUGAGUUGCCUAGACCGGCAAUUUUAAAACCAGCAAUUCUUUGGACUGGCAAACAAAUAUUCAGUCUUCUCCUGAGGCCGAACAAGUUGUGUCCAAUCAAAGCGAACCUUCGUACUAAGGGGAGAGCAUACACAAGCAAUGAAGAGUUGUGUAUCAAUGACUCUUUUGUAAAUAUUCGUAACUCUGAACUUCUGGCUGGAUCUAUGGAUAAGUCAACUUUAGGAUCAGGAGCCAAAAACAACAUAUUUUAUGUUCUACUCCGAGAUUUUGGAGAAGAUAUUGCUGCACUGGCAAUGUGGCGUCUUUCACGUAUGGCAAGUGCUUAUUUAAUGAACAGAGGUUUUUCUAUUGGUAUUGGGGAUGUGACACCAGGACAAGGACUAUUGAGAGCUAAGAUGCAACUUCUGAAUGCAGGGUACACUAAAUGCCAGCAAUAUAUCAAUCAAAUGUCAGAAGGACGUUUGCAAUGCCAGCCUGGUUGUUCAGAAGAAGAAACUUUAGAGGCUGUUAUUCUUAAGGAGCUGUCUGUAAUUCGAGAUCAUGCUGGUAAAGCUUGUCUCAAGGAACUGCCUCGAAGCAACAGCCCUCUGGUCAUGGCACUGAGUGGUUCAAAGGGCUCUUUCAUUAAUAUCUCACAGAUGAUAGCUUGUGUAGGCCAACAGGCUAUCAGUGGACACAGAGUUCCUAAUGGCUUUGAAGACCGUGCUCUUCCUCAUUUCCAUAGACAUUCUAAAACACCUGCUGCAAAAGGAUUUGUUGAAAAUAGUUUCUACUCAGGACUGACCCCGACAGAAUUUUUCUUCCACACAAUGGGUGGUAGGGAAGGUCUUGUGGAUACAGCAGUUAAAACAGCAGAAACUGGAUACAUGCAGAGACGUCUAGUCAAAUCCCUUGAAGAUUUGUGUCUUCAGUAUGAUAUGACAGUUCGCAAUUCUACUGGUGACAUAGUCCAAUUUUGUUUUGGUGGAGAUGGUCUGGAUCCAACUUAUAUGGAGGGAAAAGAUUGUCCUGUUGACUUCUCUAGAGUUUUGGAUCAUGUUUGCUCUAAAUGUCCUCACAGAGAUGAAGAUGCUAUGGAUGCUCCAAGUAUUUUGCAAGCAAGUCAAGAAAUCCUGAAGUCAGAGGAUUUUGAUCAAUGCAGUAAAGAAUUCAAAGACCAGCUGAGGGAGUUUUCGGAAAGUGUGGCAAGAAGAAUUGCAAGGCUUAGACUUAAGUAUGGUAUAUCUGAUGAAGGUAAUGCUAACUUCCCUCCAGUCUUGUUGGAACCAGAGCGCGUGACAAUAAGUCAAUUGGUAGAAUUUUUUCACACAUGUCGUGAAAAGUAUAUGAAAGCAAAAAUAGAACCAGGUACUGCUGUGGGUGCAUUAGCUGCUCAGAGUAUUGGUGAGCCUGGAACCCAAAUGACAUUGAAAACAUUCCAUUUUGCUGGAGUAGCUUCUAUGAAUAUCACCCAGGGUGUCCCCAGAAUAAAGGAGAUUAUAAAUGCAAGUAAAAAUAUAAGCACUCCUAUAAUCACUGCUCACUUGGAAGUAGAUGAUGAUCCAGAAUUUGCUCGGAGAGUUAAAGGAAGGAUUGAAAAAACUACUUUGGGAGAAGUGUCAGCGUUUAUUGAAGAGUGUUAUUUACCUGAUGAAUGUUUCAUUCUCAUAAAACUUGAUAUUGAAAGAAUACGACUUUUGAAAUUGGAAGUGAAUGCUGAAUCUAUCUGUUAUAGCAUUAUGACAUCAAGGUUCAAAUCCAAGCCCAAAAAAGUUUCUGCUGAGUCACCUACCUUAAUAACAGUGCAUCCGAAUGCCAGUAAAACAACAUUAAAUGGUGCAAUGCAAGCCCUCCAUGAAGCACUUCCAAAAGUUGUCAUAAUGGGGUUGCCUACUGUUGCCCGUGCUGUUAUUCACAAUGACGAUUCUGGCGGAAAAACACUUUACAAACUUUUCGUUGAAGGAGAUAAUUUACGUGAAGUAAUGGCUACUCCAGGUGUAAAAGGCAUCCAAACCACGUCCAAUAAUACCUAUGAGGUUUUUACUACUCUUGGUAUUGAGGCUGCAAGAUCCACUAUUAUGUCUGAAAUCAAACUGGUUAUGGAAAACCAUGGUAUGAGUAUAGAUCACCGACAUCCAAUGCUUGUUGCUGAUCUGAUGACCAGUAGAGGAGAGGUGCUUGGUAUUACUCGACAUGGUUUGGCUAAAAUGAAAGAAUCUGUUCUUAAUCUAGCUUCUUUUGAGAAGACAGCUGAUCAUUUAUUUGAUGCUGCAUAUUAUGGACAGAAGGAUGCGAUUACAGGAGUAAGUGAAGCUAUAAUCAUGGGAAUUCCAAUGUCCAUUGGAACAGGACUCUUCAAAAUGCUUCACAAAGCUCAGGAAUCAACCUCUGUGGAGCAAAGAGCUCUGGUAUUUGAUGAUCCCUCACUGCAUCCUGCUGUCAAUACCUCAUCAAGUGAUUGGUUUGAAGAGAGCAAAGGAACAGUAUGAUACAAAACUUUUAGUAUUUAAAGCUGUAUAAGUGAGGGUGUUGUAUAAAAAAAGUCUUUUCUCAAUUUAAAUAA